CUAACGCAUAGUAACUCCACUUCAUUUCAAAGCUCUACUACUGUAGCAAGUAUUGGUUCCUUCCAAAGCAAGAUGACAGCAAGUAGCAGUGGCACUUCUUCCCUGGAAGAACGUCAGCGAGCCAUCGAACGAUGCAUCGACUGGGUGGAGACAUAUGGGAGACGACGCAUGGAAGAUGACGGGAGUUCCCAGGAUCAUCCUCACGUCUUGAAACUGGACCGGAUUCAAUUUAUCACUACUACUGAUGCUUCGACCGGUACGGAUAAGAAUGCCACGCCAAUGGUAGGAGUGUUUGCCAAGGACUCGAUUCGCAAGGGUGACACAUUGGUGACCAUCCCCGAAGCCUGUGUAUUGAGUGAAAGUCAUCCUCUGUUGAAGGAUUUGGCGAGUGUCUGUAUCGAUCCCGCCAUGAAGGUGUAUCGAGACAAUUUGACAGCACAAUGGAAACAGACGAGCAACACUCGAAAUCCCUGGAAUUCAUUUGAAAAAGAUCAGACCCAAGGACGCGUCUUUUGUCAAGACGAACUGAGAUUGGCAUUGCAAUUGACCUUGUUGGUGUAUGUGCAUCGAGUCAAAGCUUCCAUUGGAGGGACACUGGGAGAUGCAGCAACUCAUUUUAAGAGUUAUCUGGAAGCCUUGCCACCAUCCUAUGAGUCGUUGAUUUUUCAUUGGACCGAUGAGGAAAUGGAAAUACUCAAAGGAACCGCCUGUCAUGCCGUGUCUCUGCGGUUGCGACGAGAAGUGGAGGACAAUUGGGAACAAUCCUUUGCAUCGGUAUUGUUGGAAUAUCUCCAACAAAAACAGGACAAGGUGGAUUCGACGCUGUUAAAAGAAUCUUACUUGCAUGCUAUUUGCUCCAUUUAUUCCCGCAUGCAUUCCUUGGAUUCCGCCAACUUUGCAAGUUCUACUGUUACGGCAGAAACCAAUACACGGACUCUUUGUCCCUUGGUGGAUAUGAUCAAUGGAGACAAGGAAUACAGUCCUCGCUGCAAUGCUCAUGUACUGCAGUAUCCUGGUAUUCACGUGGCCGUGCAAGCCACACGAGAUAUUGCAAAAGGAGACGAAGUACUCUUUUCAUACGGACAAAUUUCCAACCAAGUCUUUGUCACCAAAUUUGGAUUCGUACCACUGACAUCCACGGGAAAACCCCUCAUGGAUGAAUUGGAUGUCGUGCAUGUUGUGCCACCACCCAAAUUGGUGUGGGAAAAGGGGGAUGAACGACGUUGGAAAUCCCUCACGAGUGACAAGAACAAGGUCCUGGAAUGGCGUCAUUUGACGGAAUUUCCUCCCGAAGAUGGGACUCCGUUUGCGUUCAUGAGAUCCACUACCGACAUGGCCAAAGUACGGGGAUCGGAAUCGUGGCGGCCCGUCUAUUUGAACAAUUUGCAUCUCUAUGCCAUGUUUUCAUUAUCAAAUGAUGACGGAGCAGAGGUCGUAGUGGAACCAUGGGAACCAGGGUCGAUUAUUCUAGAUAUGAUUGAUUAUCGACUGGAACAAAUGCCAACAGUAACGGAUGACUUGGCGAUUGCUUCUGGAACUAAUAUCAAGACAGCCCUUCUCUGCCGCAUGCUGGAACGCGAAAUCUUGAGCAUGUGGUGGCAUGCCAUUGCCAAACAGUACGAGUGCUAUGGAGAAACCAGCCCGACCACGGGCAAGAAAUAUCUCCCAUUGCGCAGUCAAAAAGAAGGUUGCACUGUCUGUCAAACGGCGUUUUCCUGUCCCUUGAAGAGCUGUACCCGAUGCAAGGCUGUGUUUUAUUGCGGUCGAGGUUGUCAAAAGGAAGAUUGGAAGGCGGGACACAAGGAAGCUUGCCAGCCGGUCUCUGGCUAGCUGGCUUGCUGUCUGCAGGUUGCAUGAUUUGGCUCCUCAAAGUUUCUUGCUGGCUGGACCAACAAGGCUAGAAGCUUAGAGUUCAUGCAUGCAAGCAAGGCAUAGCUAUUGGCCAUUCCAACAAAGCCGAGAGCACAUCAAUUCAAGAAAGCAAAUUGUUCCAGACAGCAGGUCAGUUUACCCUCAAUGAGCUAAACCUAGUUCCUCUCUACUCUAGCUAGAGACCAGUAGAAGAAAUUAGUGCCUUGCCUGCGCUAAGCAAGCAACCUCUUGUUUGGAAAGGGGCUUUGCUAUUUUUGUGGCGCCAGGAAGCUGCCGCGUAAUGAAGGCCACGAGCCCAGCGGAACUGGAUCGUGUACCGUACGGAGCGAUGCUCGAGAACCACGGCAACAAGUGCAAUUUCAGCUUGUCAACGAACUGGCUGACAAGUCUGUGUCAAAGUAGAAGCUACGAACCAUAGUAUCUUUUAGUUUCUGCUUGACAGGCAGCUCGCCAGCUUUGUGGGCGGUUUGGCAAGAAGCAAUGGUCCUCAAUGGGAGCCCAUUGCUACGCUAGCUUGCUAGAUAUAGAAGGAAGGCAGUCCUCCAUCUAUCGAGAAAGAUACCGUGCCACCAUGGCUGUGGGCUAAUUUUAUAGGUAGCUACAUAACCCAUGAAAGCAACCUUGGCCAGUCUGUAAAGAGAGACAGUGCACCUGUUUACUGUCCGAGCGAAUUCUGAGCACACGGGCGAUGAUGAAGAUUCGCUUGCGGCUCCUGGCACAUGCCACUUUGGCACCCACGACAUCCUCGUCAUACCGGCACCAGGUACCUACUAUUUCCCCCAUGACACACUUUACUAAGCUUCGGGGAAUCGAAUCGAUAUUCUGGCUACGAGUAGCCAAAUUUACUGUUGGAAUGAUGUUGUUCUUGAUAUCUGGCUAGCUACCAGGUAGCAACUCGAUCGUUGCCAGCCUGUCUCUCCUUUCGUAGCUUCGCGCUACCGUACGGUAGCUGGCAUUCCACUGUGCGGUGCGUCCAAACUAGUUUCUACAACGCCCGUGAUUUUCUCUCGGAUGUUUUCUUCUCUAUUUACAGUUAGCCUUAUAGUAAUAAUAAUAACUAAGUAUCCAUCAUCUGUG